AUGGAUGAUUACGGUGUAGAAGAGAAUGAACAGUAUGAAAGGGAGCAACUUCAGACAAAGGAAGAGAUAAAACAAGUAAUCAAUCCUAAAUCUGCCUUAAAUCAUGAACUAAUUGAAGCAAAAUUUAAAAAUAUCCUUGAAUCUUAUUCUAACAAUAGCUAUAACCAGAAUUUCGAAGAAUUUAAUCAAUCAUUUGAUUUCUUACGUACAAAUAUUAGGCCAGGUAUGGAGAAAAGGCUUUUAAAUACAAAAAUUGAUUUCGAUUUUUUACUUUUAAUGUUAGAUUUUAUUGAUGGAGAUAUAGAAUCGUUAAAGUAUACAGGAAUAACAAUGAUUUCUAAGUUGUGCUUCUAUUUGAAUCCUUUCUUUAACGAUGAAUUGCGAAAUAGAUUUAUUCAAUCAGUAAAGCCUCUAUUCAAUAUAUCUCAUGACUUUACAGUAUCAUCAUUAUGCGCAAUUUCGAAUUUAAUUGAUUUAGAAGAAAAUUCAGCAGAUUCUUACUUUGAACUUAAAGAUUUCAUCAUAAAUUCAUGCUCAGAUAAACCAAUAGAGAACGAAUACCAACUCUUUACAAUUAAAAACCUCGUUCUUCAUUGUUCUCCUAAUUUAAUCGAUUAUCCUUCAUUUUAUCCAUUUUUAAUCCAUCAUAUCAUACCAGCAGAUACAGAAACAGGUGACUUCCCAUCAGUAACGACUUACGCAAUCUAUUCUAUCUUCUAUUCCCUGAAAACAGAAGAUUCAAUUAAUUUUUUGCAAAAUACCAUCUUCCCUGCAUUUGUCAAUGAUCUCUUGGCCAACUCCGACAUCCAAGUACUGUACGCAUUACUCGGAAUUCUCAUAAAAAGCAAAGAACUUGCAAAAUGCGUUGAUUUCAACAGAAUCCUUAAAUUACUACACCAUGCAAGGCGAGAGCUCAGUUCCAGGGCCUCCUUCCUGAUGUCCUUGUUCAUUGACGAUGGAAUUGAUUACGAUCCUUCAGAAUAUCUCGAAAUUGUCAUCGAACUAGUUAUGAGCAGCAAAUCAUCUUACGAAGACUUUGUUUCUUAUACGAAACUGUUGGCAUCUAUGUUCGGAAAGUGCACAAACAGCAUACUUUUGCAGUUGAAUAGUAUUCGCGAGUUUGUUGAGUACUCUCUGUCAAUCAUUCAGUCAGGAAACUCAGAACUGUCCAUUCCUCUGCUGAAAUGCCUGACGUAUCUGCACCAGGCAGUCAUUUCCUACAACAUGUUGACUUAUUUCCACUCAAUUCUCGAUGACUGCGACUGUCCUCAGAUUCUGAGAGACUGUUCCGAGCCAGAAAACAAAGAAUUGUCUGUUGUUCUCAAUAAUUUUAUUGAAAAUUUGGAACAUAACGGAUAUCCCAUCUUCAAUGACUAG